AUGUUAGCAAAUUUUGGGUUUGGCAAAAAAUGGAUCUCUUGGAUUCAGGAGUGUGUCUCUACUGCUAGAAUUUCAAUCCUUGUCAAUGGAUCUCCAACCAAGGAGUUUAACCCCCAAAAAGGGCUCAAGCAAGGUGACCCCUUAUCAUUAUUCCUAUUCAAUUUGGUUGUUGAGGCAUUAAAUAUUCUUUUUCAGAGAGCUAUGGAUCUGAGAUUGCUCAAAGGGGUAUCUGUUGGGGCCAAUGAUGAGGUGCAAUUGUCUCACCUUCAAUUUGCAGACAAUUCCCUUUUGUUCUGUGAAGCUGAGCUAACAGAGGUGCUAAAUUUGAAAAGAAUUCUUAGAUGCUUUGAAGUGUCUUCAGGUCUUAAAAUCAAUUACCAUAAAAGUGUUGUUUGUGGGAUUGGCAUCUCCGGAUCUUCCCUUGUUGAGUUUGCUUCCCUCUUGAAUUGCAAGACUCAAAAUUUACCAAUCAAAUAUCUAGGUCUGCCCUUGGGUGCAAAUCCUAGAAGGAAGAAAACUUGGAAACCAGCAGUUGAUAAGGUAAAACUAAGCAAAUAUCGGUUCCUUGGUGGAAAAUGGGUUCCAAACCCAAGUUUAAACACCUCAUCCUCUUAUAUCUGGAAUGGCAUAGUGGCAGUAGGUGAACAAAACCAGUCUCUUUCAUUAUACUAUGCUAGUAACCUCCAGUUAAAGGUGGGCAAUGGAUGUCAUAUAAGAUUCUGGUUUGAUUCUUGGUGUGGGAAUAUUUGCCUAAAAGAUGAGUUCCCUCGGCAUUUCAGUUUAUCUUUACAAAAGGAAGGUCUGCUAAAGGACUUUGUGGAAGUUUCUGGCACAACUAAGAACUGGUUGUUCACAUUUAGGAGGCCUCUCUUUGUUUGGGAAAAGAAUGAAUUGCUCAGGCUAAAUGGCAUUGUAGGUUCAGUCCCCUCCUUUCAGUUGGAGUCUAAGGACAGUGCAGUUUGGAGAGCAACCAAGCCAGGGCAAUCUUUUAUGUCUAACCUUUACAAUCAUACCAGCAGUGCGUAUGGUGGUACUGUUAGUUUAAGUCAUCUGGUGUGGAUCAAGUUUCUUCCCCCUAAGGUGCAAUUCUUUGGUUGGCUCACAUGGAAGCACAAGAUCAAAACUUCUGUAUUCUUGCAGCGGAUUGGAGUCUUGGAUAGUUCUGUCUCUACAUUGAAAAAAAGAAAGAAAAAGCUUUGUGAGGAUAUUAUCGCUAGGUUGAAGAGUAUGCACGAGACAUCUACUGAACCUAGUGCUUCUACAUUUGCUUCUUCUUCUAGUGCUAAUGAGGAUGACUAUGCUGUGGAAGAUGAUAUUGUGAAGCAUGCAUGA